AUGCAAAAACUUCAGGAGGAAUCAUCGUCAGUGGACACUGCUGCUAUCAUCAAUGCCUUGCCAUCGUUGAAAAAUCCAAACACAUUCCAUUCUAUCCUUGAUACCUUAGAUUGGCUCCUGAAUCGGUUUGUCAGGAAACUUAGGAAGUUAGAUGAGUUAGAUGACACAACAGAGGAAAAUGAUUUUGAUAAAAUUGACGAAGAUGAAAAAAAAAAAUGUGGAAAUGGGUGA